UGUCCACCGCCGGGUUUCUUCUCCCCUUCUGCCCCUCCCCUCACCUACACACCAUGACCCUUCGCAACCCCGCUAAUCUCGCAUAGCUCUCACUGAACCUAGAACUCAAAACCCUUUGCCCCUUGUCACAUCCUCGCCUUACAACAGCACCAGCAUUAAUACACCAAGGGCCAACCCGCGUCCUUUUACUUCUCUCCUGGAUCUCUUAAUACCCUCGCCGCCAUGACCUCACCCCGUCCGGCUCCUGCCUCGCACAAGCUGCCUCUAUACAUUCGCAACGUGUCAUGCGAUCAGUGGAUUCGUCUGUCCAUUGACAGCUCAUCUACCGUGGCAAUGCUCAAGGACAAGGCGCUCGACCGGUUGGGCAUUGGUGACGAAGAAGCAGACUUACACUUCGAUAUCACAAGGCUGCACUCAGACAACAAGGUAACAGGCACUGCCCUCCGACAGAGCCACAGUCGACCAGGCCUGUCAACGGCAACGGCGACAGGCGCCAACGACAGAAGUUUCCUUGCUCGAGCACCGAAAGCGGUCCUUGCUGCUGAGUCGAGAUGCGGAGCUCGACAGCCAUCACGGCUACUUGUCGUAGCUGAGUCCAUCGCAGCGCGCAGGCAGGCUGAGCUCAUCUUGGGAGGUGAUCCUGGAAGAGGUGGGCCAGGUUCGAUGCCUCAGACCCAAAUCAGUCCACAUACGCAACCCACUCUACAUCGCACCAGACACCUCAGGAGAGCUCAGAGUCUCGGCGUCAGCCGCACACCAGCAUCGCCACGCCGCGACCCCGGCUCAGCGCAACACCCCUCCGCUGGAUCACCACUACUCAAGCGUUUGCCAAAGACUGCGACAUCGAAUGAGUCCAUAGCAAGCGUGCUUGCUCUCGCACAAGCUACCGAUAUGGUCUUGACUAGCACGCCCACCAGCAGAGUCAUCAACACACCCAGCUCCAGCAGAGACGACCCGUUUCAGCAUACAUCGUAUCUUAAGACACAAGCGAGCAUCUCUUCCCUGUCCGGUGCAGGAGAUGACGAACGCUCGCUCAGCCCUCAAUCUGUCUCUCUGGAUCUGCCACGGACUUCUACAGAUACCAACGAACUCGAGCAUGCAAAGUCAGCGGAGGCCAUUGUGGUGCGUACGUCGUCUCCACCUCCAGUAUUGGAGAGACAGGAUUUGGCUCGUAUUCUACGUGGUAACGAGGUCGCCAAGAAGUGUGAAGAAGAAGCUCUGAGGAGACUCAACGAAAGCCUCGAGAAGUCACAUCUUGUCUUCGGCAAGCUUUCCACAGCUUCCCCGACCGAGCUUCGGCAGCCUCCGCUCAGCAUUUCCACCUCGUCUCGAAGCGCCGAGCCGUACACUCACCGUCGCCCGACCACCAUGACAGCGAACGCUCGAAGAGCUCAGAGGCAGAAGCAAAGGGCAAUGGAGUAUCUAGAGGUAGACGACGCCUUGCAGGACGACAUAGACGUCGAGGUCGAGGUUGCCGAGCCUAAUGUCUCUGACCCAACUUCGAGCACACAUCUGAGGGCCUCGUCCUGGGUGCCACCAAGAGGGACAGUUUCAUCAGACGAUGCCGAGCACAAGGAGCUAUCAUCUGAUGAGGCAUCUACCAAAGUUGACCUCGAGCCUCUGCCAGGAGCAAUGGAUCUGAUCCUGUGUAGAACUACAGCAGACGAAGCGAUCACGCCAAUGUCGCCUGCAAGCUCGAGCGGUGCGUCGUGUACCUUGGAAAGCCCUCACUCACUGAGCACGAGCUCAAGUCGUGGCCAGCAUGUUGAUCUUGAGACGACGGAUGAGCAACGGCUUUGGGGCACGCAGUUGGAGGCAGAUCUGGCUAAGCGUCGGAGACAGGGCGAUAAUGAUGGCCUCUCACAGACGGCUGGCCCACUUUCAAUCUCUGCCCAUAGGCGUCACCGUAGUGGAACGAUCAAGGCUCCUGCGCUACAAUCUGUCAACACAUCAGGAGUAUUAAAUGAGCGAGUAAGUGCCCCAACUUUGUACGAACAGAAGCUUCCAGCAUCGCCACUACCUGUCAAGCCAGCUUCUUUCUCUUCGUUGCCGCCCCAGGAGCAAAGUGCGAAGGCCACGGAAGCUGCCUCAUUACACGCACCGACAGCUUCUUUUGGACUUCAGCGAGGAAGUGCGAUCGGCAGUGCGACCUCAAUUGCAUCUCCUGCUCAAGUCGAUUCGCUACUCAACCAGCUACGCAGCUCAACAAGCUACUGCUACGAAUCCGAUGGAAAGCGUACCUCGCGAAGCCGUCGCACGGCGGGCCAGUACUGCUUGUUUUCGUUCAGUAAGGGUAUGACACUCGACGAAAACGCAAGCUUGAGCAGCUGCCGCCUAAGACCUUUCGAGUUGCUCGAGCUUCACCUUCACUCGACACGACAUCGAGUGCGGCUGCCUCGAUAUCAUUACACAAAGAGCUCCGCACCACAUCGCCUUAGUGGUGAAAAUCUCUCCAGACAUACUCCCAGCACGGCCUUUGGGGCAUCCCCGACGUCCACGUCGCGCCCUCCACAGAAAGCGGUGGCUCCGCCAUUGCUGGAUUGCGACUAUCUGGACAGCUUCGCUCAUGGAUGGGCAUAUGUGCAUCACCCUCGAGGUUGCCCCGAGAAAGCUCGCGCUGUCGGUCUAGGAUGCUGGAAGCUCAGAUGGCUCGUUGUUCACCAGGGAUAUCUCUGUGUCUUUAGGCGAAGGCCUGAUCCUGCGAAUGAUGGUUUAGUAGCAAGAGGUCGCGAGCAGGGUGGCGAGAAAGGCGAAGAGAGGACCAAAGCAGGCUCAGCGUCUCCUCAAGGUCUGAUUGCUAAGCUCAAUUUGUCUGUCAUCUCGUGGAUAAGUUCAGAGCUGGCAGACGGGGCGACGAACCCAGUCUUGAGAACUCUUGCUCAGGAUCUUAUCAAUGUCUGCUUCAACAGCCCAUCAGAGCACAAAUCAGUGGGAGCGAGAAGCGAGACCGGACCGGGAUCACAUCAUCACAUUGUCUCUUUGCGCUUUCUCACGGAUCACGCGGCUCGUUGCUGGUAUGCACUCUUCCAAAGAGUCCAUUGUCGCUACCAACUAGCUCGACGAGGAGACACUCUCAAGCUCGAGGAGCUGGCCAAGCUACCGCUUCGAUCCAACAUCGACGUCUUUCGCGGCAUUGCCGAUUUUCUCCAGCAGACGGAAAUUGACCUGCCUUGCCCCUGGGACGCUUCUGUCAAGGUCAGCGUUGAUGACUGGCGAAAACGCGCCUACCUCCGGAGCCUGGUCGCUGGAAGAGGUGGAGUGGUUUUACCAGGUAGAUCUGGCAGGGGUGGGGGCCGGAAUGCUUUAUUGAAGACCAGGGUCACUCCGGUGGGCGGGAAUGUAGACGCAGAAGAUGCCGAUCUGUGGAGCGACCAUAGCGAAGAAGAAGGGGUCUUUACGGUACAAGGGGACGCUUUUGUCUGUACGGACCCCUCAUCAAGUACAGUCGCUCCUGGCUCGCUGAUGUCCGAUUUGCAAGGAUUCCCCGGCGAGGUUGUACUACAGCAGCGAGCGACAAGCAUGGAAGAGGCGGUCACCACCUCUACUCUCAUUGGUGAAGCGAAAGCUACUUCCUUGAAGAAACAUAGCAAGCGACCGAGCACACAAGGUGAUGGGACGCACCGCUUGUUCCAGCUGGGCAUACCGCAUCACAAAUCUGCCAUCAACAUGGACCCAUCCAGCUGGUUUCCUCCGCCACCACCGCCACCGGACUCUGGCUCGACGGAUAGUACCUACAAGGCUCUAGCAAUGCGACGCAACUCAUUUGCGAAUCUGGCUGCUGCCUUUGUCGGUGGCGGACGCCUGUCUUCUUCUCACGGGCGACGUUCAGGUACUGGUAAGAAAGGCCCUCCGGCCUUGGCCAGACCUGAGCUGACGCGCCUGCAGACAAAUUCGAGAGGACCCAGUGUAGACAUGGCAAAGCGAAGCCAUGAGAGUGCUACACUGCCUGCAGAACUUACCGUCCUUAGCGGAGACGUGACAUCUGCUUCUCUUCGGACCACCUCGUUGUCUGCCCCGAUCGGGAUGUCUACACCUCUUGCAAGUACGACAACAACGUCGACUUCGGACUCAGUCACACUCGAGGAUUCUGAGGCACAUACGGAACGCCUGACGGCGGGCGAGAAUCUGGCGACCAAGCUCAUCGUCUCAGAUUCGCAGGUAGAGAAUUGCUCCUUGCACUCCUCCUCUUCCCUCACUCCUAGACCUCGAGCGCUGGUGCUCAUGCAUUUGUCUGAGCCGCAAAGAAUUCCAACGCCGAGUAAUGGCUCACCUUCAGUCCUCAAGAGCCUUGUUUCCGAGGCGAGCGCCUCCAGGCCAAGCACGCCGAGAGUCUCAGGCGCCCUCUCGCCCCUCAGAACACAAACUGUAGACAACAGCGCUGCCAGUGGUGAAGGUAGCGGCAGCAGGUCGCCUCUCAUUCCCCCUCGUUCACCAUACAGGACAUCGCUGGGCCGCAGGGCUGUCCAAGCGGAACAUGUGGCCGUCACUCGUGCUCCUGCCAAUGGUCAUGGCGAGUCUGAGGGGCAGGAGCGUCGACCUUCGCUUGCUGAACUCCCCUUCCUUGUGCUAGAGACUACAGCUUCUUCCUCUGCCGUGGCCGUCCUCGCCUCUCCCUUCAAGCACGAGCCCCUAGCAGGCUCUGCAUCGCCAUCAGCACACGUGCAAACAUCUGCUGCCUCUGCAUCCAUUCCUACGGCGACAUCGCAAACAACAGCAAGUCUAUCUCACGACGCAUCGUCACCAGCAGCUCCAACGAAUCAACUCACAAGUCAACAAAGCACCAAUGCGCCCCUCUCCGGAGUACAGAUGAGUCAAAGUCCCGGCCCAGCCGCAACUUCAAUCUCAGGCGCAAGUCAAGGCAUAGACAUAGGUGAUGGGUCACCGCUCAUCUCGGCUUCUUCACUCCUUCUUGAGGAGUUUGCGCAGCAGAAGAAGCGGGGGAGGGGAUGGAGCUUGAGUCGAUUUAAGUCGAAGAAGGGAUGAACCUCAGGCAGGAGAGAGGUUCGUCAAGGUGCCGCUGUAGUUGAUUCAUUCAUUUCGGUCGGACAGGGUCGUGUAUAGAUCGAACCUAUAAUAGAUGUUGUGGUACGCGGUACAUAUGUGAAACCUGCUCCCUUGGCGUGCAACCACACAGA